CUAGAGAAGUGACUUGUAUUUGACUCCGAAGGUAGUUGUGUCUAAAACAGCCAAGUAAAGACAGAACACUAUCACUCUACUCUCCCAACCAUAUCACUAUUCAUUCAACCACACCAAACUAUUCUCCUUCUCUCUCCCUACAACUUCAAUUCAAAUCCUUUAUUUUAUUAUCCCAUUCUUCCCUCGCUCUUAAACAAACCUACAGGGCUACAUUCGGAAUUUCCAAUCUUCCCAUGGAUCCAGCACCAAUAAUCGACACUCCGCCCAAUACGCUGUCGUUUCACCCACCGGAGAUCUGGCACUUCCCACCCUCCACAACACCGCUGUUCGAGCAAGGCUUCGGAGCUUUCGCAACGGAAGUUCCCGGUAAAGAACUUGCUGGUUCUGAGCUCAGACUUCCGAACCAUGGCCGGAAAAGGCGCGGCGCGGAGGAGGAUUCUGUUAAAGGCGUUUCCACCAGCAACGACGUGGUAAUUUCUCAUUCCAAUAAUGAUGAUGAUGGUGGUGAUGGAAAAAGGAUGAAGACAUCAGGGAAGAGUAAAGAUGAAGAAGAAGUAGUAGGAGAAGAAAACAGUUCAGGAAAGCAUGCGGAAAAAACUACGGAUGAGAGGCAUCCUAAGCAAGAUUAUAUUCAUGUUCGAGCUAGAAGGGGUCAAGCUACUGAUAGCCACAGUCUUGCUGAAAGAGCUAGAAGAGAAAAGAUUAGUGAAAGGAUGAAAACUCUUCAGGAUUUAGUCCCUGGUUGCAACAAGGUUAUUGGGAAAGCAUUGGUCCUUGAUGAGAUAAUCAAUUAUAUCCAAUCACUUCAUCACCAAGUAGAGUUUUUGUCGAUGAAGCUGGAAGCAGUAAAUUCAAGAUUGACACCUGGUAUUGAAAUGUUUCCUCCUAAAGCUUUUAAUCAACAAACAUAUGAUGCAACCCCCAUACCAUUUGCUUCACAAGCUACAAGAGAGUACAGCCGCGGUUCAUCACCGGAAUGGUUACAUAUGCAGGUGGGAGGUGGUUUUGAAAGAUCAACGUAAUCUUAAAAUUUCAUCGGUUAAUAGAAAUUUUAGUCUCUACUUCAGAGCUCCCAUAAAUCAUAUACUCAAGGUAUUAAAGUCCACAUGAACACUUGAUUCCGUUUUCUAAACCACACUGUCGCAUCGGUUAGUAUUUAUUUAAGCAACUUCAUUUGUAAGUGUGUUGGAUAUGAAUUCAUUUACAUAAGAUGUAGCUUAGUAGACUAGGUUUUAUAUGCUGGCAUUCUUCAUAACUUUUAAAAUUAUCAUUGUUGUAAAAGAAUGGUGCUUGUUCUUAAUACAUAUUAUUGGUUAUAUAUUGUAUAUUGGUCUCAA